GAAAUGACAACAGGGCUCUGAGUAUCGUCGAAGGAAAUGUGCACUGCCGCUAGACAGUCAGCCGCUUGAACCUUCUCACAAACCAUUUCGGAGUCUCCGUCAGUAAGAAGCGCUGCGCGCUACCGGUAACCAUGAGAAAUCGCACGUGUGAAGUGGGCACGUCUGUUCUAAACUGAACUUACGAAUUAGGAGGACAAAAGAAGAGACCAUCACCGGACACCAACUACAAUAAAAAGAAAUCUACUGCGAAUUAUAUCAGCGGCUUUAGCAGUGCACCACGCUGUCAACGUGCAGAACAACUCGGUCUGAGAGCCCGAUCUUUAUCAUCGAAUCAGGAUUAUUUUUCCAGGCUAACACAGAGGUGUUGGUCCGCAGGAUACAUUUGAUUUGAGUUGAGUAUUUUACUACAGUGCAAUUGGAGAGCCGAGUAGUUGCGAGACUUAAGAACACUGAAACGCACACGAUCUCAAGGAAUCUGCCAUUCCUGUAGGUAAGCUGCUUCAGCACCACGGACAGGUACUAACCCCGGCAGCUGUUUCCAGACCCCACAACUUUCCGUAUCUACAGACCGAGAGAAAUAGAAUUUUCCCUGUAUUGUCCACUUGCAGCAAUAACGUAAUCAAAAGCCGCGAACCGAAUUCGGACGAAAGCGAACUCAUUGAUCCAUUUGGCGUAAGGGUCUGAACUUGGAAUAGUUUGAUUUCUCAGAGAAACAUAACUUCAUAAUCAAAAGGGAGUGAGAUCCAACACAAAAAAAGAUGUCACUGAUGCUGGAGGGGGACCUCACCAUGAUAAAAACACUACGCCUCUAAAAGCUGGCAGUGUCGCACCUUAAGCUACCCAGAGAGUAAGAAGAGCGUCGAUCCGCCCCAUCCACAUGGCCGCUGUGAGGUCCUGGUUCCGGCCCGGGGCGGUCCCCUGGCGGCCUCACCGCCUCUUCCCGCUGCUGCUCACCCUCGCCCUCGUCCCGGAGGCCCUCCCGACGUCCAGCUACAACACGGGCGCCAAGCGGGAGAUCACGGUGGAGGGGGACCUGGUGAUCGGGGGCCUCUUCCCCGUGCACCAUAAGGGCGAGGGCAUGGAGGACUGCGGCGUGAUCAACGAGCAGCGCGGCAUCCAGCGGCUGGAAGCCAUGCUGCUGGCGCUGGACGAGAUCAACCGCGACCAGCGCAUACUGCCGGGCCUCAGGCUGGGCGCCCACAUCCUGGACACCUGCUCCAAGGACACCUACGCCCUGGAGCAGUCGCUGGAGUUCGUCCGUGCCUCCCUGACCAAGGUGGAUGAGACCGAGUACAUCUGCCCCGACGGCUCCUACGCCCUGCACGACGACUUCCCGCUGGCCAUCUCCGGGGUCAUCGGCGGCUCCUACAGCGACGUCUCCAUACAGGUGGCCAACCUGCUCAGACUCUUCCAGAUCCCGCAGAUCAGCUAUGCCUCCACCAGUGCCAAGCUCAGCGACAAGACGCGCUACGACUACUUCGCCCGCACCGUGCCGCCGGACUUCUACCAGGCCAAGGCCAUGGCGGAGAUCCUGCGCUACUUCAACUGGACCUACGUGUCCACGGUGGCCUCGGAGGGCGACUACGGCGAGACGGGCAUCGACGCCUUCCAGCAGGAGGCCCGCGCCCGGCAGAUCUGCAUCGCCACCUCCGCCAAGGUCAGCCGCUCCAUGAGCCGUCUGAGCUACGAGGCUGUCAUCCGCUCGCUGCUGCAGAAGUCCAACGCCCGCGUGGUCAUCCUCUUCACGCGCAGCGAGGACGCCCGCGAGCUGCUGGUGGCGGCCGCCCGCAUGAACGUGUCCUUCAUCUGGGUGGCCAGCGACGGCUGGGGGGCGCAGGAGAGCGUGGUGAGGGGCAGCGAGCUGGUGGCCGAUGGGGCCUUCACCAUCGAGCUGGCCUCCUACCCCAUCAAGGAGUUCGAGGAGUACUUCACCCAGCUGGACCCGUACAACAACACACGCAACCCCUGGUUCCGGGAGUUCUGGGAGCGGCGGUUCCAGUGCAGCCUGCAUGAUCUCAGCUGCGGCAGACACUCCCUGCGCGAUGGCAUCUUCGAGCAGGAGUCCAAGAUCAUGUUCGUGGUGAACGCCGUCUACGCCAUGGCCCACGCCUUGCACAACAUGAGGCAGGCCGUGUGCCCCAACUCCACCAAGGUGUGCGACGCCAUGAAGCCGGGCAACGGGAGGAAGCUCUACAGGGACUUCAUCCUGAAAACCAAGUUUGACGCCCCAUUCCGCCCUGCUGAUACAGACAACGCUGUCCACUUCGAUGCUUACGGAGACAGCCUGGGUCGCUACAACAUCUUCCACUACCACAAGGAGGAUGGCAGGUACCACUACAAGAAAGUGGGGUACUGGGCACAGAGCCUAAUCCUGAACACCACCCUCAUCCCCUGGGACAGCCAGGUGCCGCCCACCUCGCAGUGCAGCGACCCCUGCAGGAAGAACGAGAUAAAGAGCAUGCAGCCAGGGGACGUGUGCUGCUGGAUCUGCAUCCCCUGCCAGCCCUACCAGUACCUACUGGAUCAGUUCACCUGCAUGGACUGCGGCUUCGGACAGUGGCCCCUGGAGAACCUGAGCGGCUGCUACGACCUGCCGGAGGAGUACAUCCACUGGGAGGACGCCUGGGCCAUCGGGCCCGUCACCAUCUCCUGCCUGGGCAUGCUGUGCACCCUCUUCGUGAUCGGCCUGUUCCUCAAGAACAACGACACACCGGUGGUGAAGGCCAGCGGGCGCGAGCUCUCCUACAUCCUGCUGCUGGGCGUGCUGAUGUGCUACAGCAUGACCUUCAUCUACAUCGCCAAGCCGUCGGCCGUCGUCUGCACCCUGCGCCGCCUGGGCCUGGGGACCUCCUUCGCCGUCUGCUACUCGGCCCUGCUGACCAAGACCAACCGCAUCGCGCGCAUCUUCAACGGCGUGAAGGACGGCGCCCAGCGGCCGCGCUUCAUCAGCCCCACCUCGCAGGUGGUCAUCUGCAUGGCGCUCAUCUCCUGCCAGCUGGUGGUGGUGGUGGUGUGGCUGCUGGUGGAGACGCCGGGCGUGCGCAAAGAGGUGAGCCCCGAGCGGCGCGACGUGGUCACCCUCAAGUGCAACAGCAAGGACUCCAGCAUGCUGGUGUCACUCACCUACAACUGCGUCCUCAUCGUCCUCUGCACCGUCUACGCCUUCAAGACCAGGAAGUGCCCCGAGAACUUCAACGAGGCCAAGUUCAUCGGCUUCACCAUGUACACCACCUGCAUCAUCUGGCUGGCCUUCCAGCCCAUCUUCUAUGUCACGGCCAGCGACUACAGGGUGCAGACCACCACCAUGUGUAUCUCUGUCAGUCUGAGUGGCUCUGUGGUCCUGGGCUGCCUCUUUGCCCCCAAAAUCCACAUCAUCCUGUUCCAGCCCCAGAAGAACGUGACCACGCUCAGGGUCGCCACCACCCGCUUCAGCGUGACGACAGGCCCCGGGUCCAGCUUCUCUCAGGCUUCAGCGUCUAACUUUGUGCCGACGGUGUGCAAUGGCAGAGAGGUGGUGGACUCCACAACAUCCUCACUGUGAAGGCUAAAUUCAUGUCCUUCGGCCCAAUGCAGUAUAGUUAUAAUCACUAGUCGAGAAUACAGUGUUGCAAAUAUGGGAAUGGUCACUGCAAAUUGUUCUGAUUUUGUUGUUCUCAACGUGCUGUGAGUACAAUGUCCCAAUUCUGUUUUUUCUCUCUGACUAGUAGCUAUGAUAAAAGAAAAAAACAUUGAAA